CAAUACCAUGGAUAAACUGUUCUUGCUACGGUAGUUAUAGGAUUCGGUCUGUAAGACAAUUCACGCGAAAUUGCGUCCGGUUUGCGUAGUAUCCGAACACUCGUGAAUACGGAUAAUAGUUCACAUACGACCAUUCUCUCCGGCGCUCAAUCUUAAAUGUUAUUAUCGCUGUCAUAAUAAUUAACCAUUCGCAAUGCAUGACUAUUUCUUGUCUGGUCUUCUUCUUUUACUCUUGCGGUGAGAUGCGUGACAGGUCGAUUACCGCAAACUAGAACCCAUACCCUGCUGCGAAUUUCAGAAUUGCAUGAGUCUCGUCAUGUUCUCAGCAGUUCAAAUAUGUGAUCUUUCAUUUAUUCACUUACAAACUCCAGCAUUGUUCACGACAACAGACCAUAACAUUAUGAGGCUUUGAUUAUUGUUAACGUUUUCUAUAGUUGUUUCUGGAGUCUUGAUAUACUCAUAAACAAGUUAUGAUGUUUUUGAGACGUGUCCGCAGUUCUCAGCGCUCUGUUAUUCUUUAUCUCGUGACCUUGAUGUUAAUAGCGCUCCUGAGUUUCUAUUUCAAGUUUCAACCUCAUAUGGCAAAGGUACUUCGAACUGCUUCAGAAAGAGUUGCUGAUGAUUUCAAGAUUGCUUUAUUGAAACGACAAAAUCGUCUUUUCCUUGCUGCAACAAGGAAAAACCGCGACAUGACUGCCGACUCUGCAGUCUGUGUGGUAGAUCCUGCGAUUACAGAUUGUCAAGGCAUGGGCUUCGCGGCAUUCCUUCUUAACACCUUGGAUCACAUCUUGCUAUGUCGCACUCUGGGAAUUAACCAACCUACUGUGUUCUGGAGGGCUUGUAAUUCAGUUUGCUCGAGAAAUCCAAGAGUGAAUUCAUGGGACUGGUAUUUUGAAUCUGUUAAUCGAGGGUUGGAGUCGAGGGUAGAAAACGUGUUAUGCCCUUUGAUGGUCACAUAUGACAUCGGAGGCCUUCUCGUUCUUAACCACAGCUUUAAGAAUCGUACUCAUGUGGAUGGAUUUGAGACAAGCAAAAUAAUAACCACACAGGAGAGAUUAAGAGUUAAUAAACUGAUUCAUCAGUAUGUUAAACCUAAUUCUAGAAUACAGGAGAAAGUAGAGAUGUUUUACCAGCAAUAUCUGGCCGGGUUCACGGUUUUAGGAGUUCACGUUCGAGGAACAGAUCAUUGGAUGGAAACAAGCGAGAGAAGGCUGCCAUCUUUGGUGAGCUGGGUUAAGAAAGCUCAGUCAAUUCUGGAGACGUUGUCGCGACCAAGGAAGAUUUUCAUUGCAAGUGACAAUAAUGAAGUUAUAAAGAAAUUUGUUUUCUAUUUUGGAACAGAAAUGGUUAUUUUCACUGAUGCUGUUCGGGCAAAACGAUACCACGAUCAAAUCCCUCCUCAUGAUUUCAAAUUUGAGCACAAUGCCGCUGACCCAUAUGAGCGACAAAUUGGUACUCAAGUGUUGAUGGAUAUUCUGCUGUUAGCUAAGUGUGAUCAGUUCUUACACACCGAGUCCAGCGUAGCCUCUCUUGCCAGCUACUUCAACCCACAUAUGACCAGCUACUUCCUGCAGGAUGAAACAACUAACAAGGAAUCAGGAAAGGUUCACGAAAGAGGAAGAGACGAGGAAACAGAGCAGAAAAAUCCCGAAGAGCUGGAUGAAAUUCUUGAGUGUUUUCAGAAGAAUUAUUUAGGAAGUGCUUGCUCAAAUACUGCAAAGGGUCGAUUCGUUAACUUGGAACAAACUCGAAGGUUUUUGAGAACUUAACCGCAACUUACUGUCAAUAAGUUGGAAGGAUGAUUGAAGAAAAAUCGGAAGGAAACGUAUUUGAGGCCGCUAAGAAUUAAAACGACAGCGAAAUUGAGAUAAAUAUAGUCCCUAGAGGAAAUUUGAAUCUCUUAACCCUGGUUUGCUAAACCAUUGCUGUAACCAAUGAACUACGGACAACAACGAGACAACAGGUUUUAGUGAGAUAAAUGGAAUUUUUGUUAAGCAGUUGAACGGCUGUUUAAAUAAAAAUGUUCUUGUUUUACAGUUUUUCCUAAAAGCUUUAACAACAAAGUCCUAUUUCUUGAUUAAUUUAAUUAGAUAAUUUUUUUCAUCUAUUCUCUAGAUUUUAAUUUAUUACGUUCUCGACUUUUUAAAAUUUUUUAUUUUUCGCUCUGCUCCUCCUCAGAUCUUCGGAAGAGCCAUUGUUAUGCGAAUGUCUUCAUUAAGGUCACUGUAGACCUUCAGGGGUACCUUCCGGAAAAUGCUUUCUUUACGCGCUGCUUUAAAGAAAACCACGGCA